UACAUAGUAUAAAUGCGUAAACUUUUGGUUGGACUUAUAGGUUGUCAUGACAACAAAAAUAUUCGAAACAUUCGAAUAUCGAUGUAAAUAAUUAUAAUAUUUUUUAAGUGAAGAAAAUACAAUAAAAAAUGUUUCGAGGAGAUAAUUCUCAUUCAUUGAGUUAUGAACAACAGUCAAAGUUUAUUUUGGAUCGUAUAACUAACGUAGAGAAACACUUUGGUGAACUUUGUGUCGGUUUCGGUGAUUAUACUCGGAAAACUGCUAGAUUACGUGACAUGGGAGACGAACUCGCAAAAAUAUUUAAGGAGUAUGCUAAUAAUGAAUUAGUUAACAAAUCCUUGAGUACUGGUUUAGACAAUUUGUCUUUAACAUUAACCGCUAUAGAGGAAUAUAGAAACUGUGCUGUUCAACGCUUGGAAGCUAAGGUAAUUGGGGAGUUAUGCCAAUACGAAAAUAUUUGUAAACACGCCCGCGAAGAACUGAAACAUACUAUGAGCGUUCGUGAGAAAGAAAUGGCGAGGAAGAAGAUUCUUGACAAAGCUCGAGAAAGGCAACCAUUUAAUCGACAACAAGUGACAUACGCCGAAUCCGAGCUCCUCAAAGCAUCAGCUGAGAUGUCGCGUACAGCUAAGGGUCUCAGCGAGCUGACAGAGUUCUUUGAAAAACGCAAGUUGCAACAACUGAAGGGUCUACUCACAGACUUCGUGAUGGUGGAAAUGACCUUUCACUCGAGGGCUGUGGAACUGCUCACUGUUGCUUAUCAGCAAAUUGGUGAUAUCAACGAUAAAGCUGACUUAGAGUUGUUAUUGACAGGACUUUCCGAAAAAGAGGAACCAACGAACUUCAAGCGGAAGCUAAAGUCCCCAGAAAAGCCAGUGAGCACUGGUAUUUCGGCGAGAUCUUCUUCGCUUGCGUCACUCAUGUAUCCACAAAUGUCUCCACAAAAAGACGAUGACUCCUCGAGUUUGGGAAAAAUGCGUUCACCGGAUAAAAAUAUGAAAGCGAGAUCAAGCUCUAUAGCAGCACUCAUGAACCAUUCAACUUCGAAAGACGAAGACACUGUUUCGGAAACAGAAGACUCUGAAGAUGAAAGUUCUACGGAAGAGUCCGAAUCGAAAUAAAUGUGUUUGAUCAUAGAGUACAUUAUAAUGCCUUGUUUUUAUAUAAUAUAGACUAGUGUAAGUAAUAAAAAUGUGUUUUAAAAUAUUGUUUAUAAAUAAUACUAUCCACGCAAUUUAUUUAUGGAUCAUUUGACACCACAUACAGGUCAUCGACGGAGGAGCUAAUCAUAAU